UUGAUGCACUUGUGGCUAUUGGCUGCCGCUGUCCAGCGAUUUGCAUGAGCAGAGAGGGAGUGUCUGUGUUAGUAGUUGUAGCAGCAGCAGCAGCAGGAACUAAAUGACUGCAGUUUCCUCGGGAUUAAACUACCAGGGGAAUGAGAGGAUCAUACACGCCAGGGGAAAGCUGCUCUCACACAGAGACUCUCUGAGCCUGGAUAUGGGGCAGCCCACCAGCAGCAGCAGCCCGCUCAGGAUCAUUCUCCAAACUGCUCAGCACUUGUUGUUUCUGUGGCUGCUCGCUCACGUCAGGGGAUCUCUCUUCAGCUCAGCGAGUAACAGCAGGGCCACGGAAUUGCUUUACACACUGCAAGAAGGCUUGCCCAAGGGAGUUCACAUAGGAAGCAUUGGGGACGAUCUGCAGCUGGAUUUCUUCUCUGAUCCUCCACUGUCAUUCAGCCUGGCAUCAAAGGGGCCGAGUGAGAAGUAUGUGAAUCUCAAUAACAGCACAGGCGAGCUGAGUACAUCAUCUGAGGAGCUUGACAGGGAAGCUCUCUGCCAACAUUCGCUGGUUGCUCAGGAGUGUGUGCUGCUUCUUGAUGUCAUCAUUUUGCCUCAGGAAUAUUUCAGACUUAUCAAAGUUAAAAUUGCCAUCAUUGACAUCAACGACAAUGCUCCACGUUUCCCUGUGCCACAGAUUUAUAUUUCAGUCCCAGAAAAUGCUCCUGUUAACACGAGGAUAGUUAUAGAGCACCCUGCCUAUGAUCCUGAUGGUGGGACCAACGGGGUCCAGACCUACAGGUUGGUGGAUUACCAUGGUGUCUUUACACUUGAUGUUGAGGAGAACGAGAGUGGGGAGAGGACUCCCUACCUUAUAAUUAUGGGCCCUCUGGACAGAGAAAUGAAAGCCGAGUAUGAAACCACUAUUAUUGCAGAAGAUGGCGGAAAUCCUCCACUCGUGGGGUCUGCCACACUGUCAAUACUGAUUAGCGAUGUAAAUGAUAACUGCCCGCAAUUCAAUACAUCUCAGAUUAAUUCAACUUUGUAUGGAAAUUCUACCAUAGGGACACAAGUUGCUACGGUGCAUGCAGUGGAUAAAGACUUGGGUCCCAAUUCCGUGAUUACAUAUGCCUUCAGUGAAAGGGUGCAACAGGCAACAAAGGAAUACUUUCACCUGGAUGAGAUAAAAGGGAUUAUAAAACUCUCAAAAAGAAUAGACGGAAGCACCGCCCAGCAGCAUAAAUUAACAAUACUUGCCAAUGGUCCGGGCUGCAUUCCAACUGUGAUUACUGUAUUCAUUUCCAUAAAUAAAGUCAUUUUCAGGCCCCCAGAGCUCGUGCCUCGAUAUAUUGCUAAUGAGGAAAAUGGUGUUAUUUACCUAAAGGAACUGGAGCCUGUCCAUUCUCCAAUUGCAUUUUUUACCAUAAAAGACCCAGAUGAAAAAUAUCAAGUGAAUUGCUACCUAGAAGGGCAAGGGCCAUUUAGACUUUCUGCAUACAAGCCAUAUAAUAAUGAAUAUUUGCUAGAAACUACAGAUGUACUAGACUAUGAGUUGAAACAGUCUUAUAACAUAGCAGUGGUUGCACUUAGUUAUGAUGGGUAUCAGGUUAAGAAGCUUUUAAAAGUCCAAAUUCUGGAUGAAAAUGACAAUUCCCCUGUUUUCACAGAAUCUACUGUAGAGAUAACUAUUGAAGAAAACAACGAGCCCAAUGCAUUUCUGGUGAAACUUUAUGCCACAGAUGCUGACAGCGGUGAGCGUGGUCUAGUAUCUUAUUUUCUAGGGCUAGAUGCACCUUCCUAUUUUUCUAUAGAUAACAUGACAGGCAUUCUUUCAGUUUCUAGCAUAUUGGACAGAGAGGAAAAAGAAAAAUACAGAUUUACAGUUAGAGCAAGAGAUGCCGGCUUUCCUUCAAGGGAAUCUGUUGCUACGGUUCAUAUCACGGUGCUGGAUAAAAAUGAUAAUAAUCCUCGAUUUAUCAGCAGGGAUUUCAGUUUUUUUGUGCCUGAAAAUUUUCCAGGAUUCGGUGAAAUUGGAGUGAUUAGUGUCACAGAUGCUGACUCUGGGAAGAAUGGAUGGAUAGCUCUAUCUAUAGUGAAUGGAAGUGAUAUUUUUGUCAUUGACAAUGGCAAAGGACUCUUGAGGGCAAAGGUUUCUCUGGACAGGGAGCAACAGAGCUCCUAUACUCUUUGGGUUGAAGCAGUCGAUGGUGGUGACCCAACAUUGUCUUCUACAGCUAAAAUAACAAUUUUGCUGUUGGAUGUUAAUGAUAACCCACCAGUGGUCCUCUUCCCUCAGUCCAAUAUGUCAUAUCUUCUUGUUCUUCCUUCCACCCUCCCAGGUUCACCAGUCACAGAAGUUUAUGCUGUUGAUAAAGACACAGGUAUGAAUGCUGUUAUUGCCUACAGCAUCAUAGGUCGAAGGGGACCCAAACCAGAAUCAUUUAGGAUAGACCCCAUAACAGGCAACAUCACUUUGGAGGAGGCACUUAUGAGGAAUGACUGUGGAUUAUACAGGUUGUUAGUAAAAGUUAGUGACCAUGGCUACCCAGAACCACUCUUUUCCACAGUGAUGGUAAAUCUCUUUGUUAAUGACACUGUAACGAAUGAAAGUUAUAUUGAAACCUUGUUGAGAAAGGAGCCUGAUAUCAAUAUAGAAGAAAAGGAGCCGCAGAUAGCAAUGGAGCCCUCCCAGAAAGAGAUGGAAAGUGAUUCAUGCACCCCUACAUUGGUAACCCUGUCAAUUACAUGCCUGGGGUCUGUCAUUUUGGUCACUCUAAUGGGGAUGUACAUCUGCUUAAGAAAAGGUAAAAAUGACCAUGGGAUAAAUGAGAAUGCAGAAGUUCAAAUUCCAUUAAACGGGAAACUAGACUUCCAUAUGCUGGAAAAAAGACCAAUGGAGAUUUGUAACAUUUAAAGUGUGAAACUCUGGAGGCUUAAAGAGGAAAUAUGACACAAUGUGUUGAUAGGAAUUGUUAUGAAGGACCACUAAUUUAUACCUUAUAUUAAUAUACAAAUGUAAAUAGCACCUUCUAGCGUUUUUAAAGCAAAUAUUCGUACAGCCUUGUAAAUAUUUUUUUAAAGAUCCAAUGUAAACAAUUUGGCUUGUGUUGAACAUUUUCCGUACUGCUGUUUUAAUGAAAGAAUGUUUCGUUACAUUUACCUUAAGAGGAGGUUCACCUAAAAUCUUACUAUAUGGGCCAUAAGCUGAGCAUGUUCCAAAAAAACCUAUUACAGGUGGAAAUUGGUUUUGUUGUGUGUUGCAGAUAAUUUAGAGGAGAAAUAGCUCAUCACAUUUGAUACACAGGAUCUUGCAAACAAGAUAUCUAUGCAGUUUUGAUAUUUAAUUGUUGCUUUAUUUAUUUGCCCUUCUAUUUGCUAUGUGUCAAACUUGGAAUUAAAUGUUGUCUGGGUUCACAGGGCCAGUAAUUAGAGUAUCCUAAUUUCUUGAGUGGCUAGCUUUGUACUAAUGUUAUAAUUACUACUGUGUAAUGUUUAUUUCUUACCUUUCUAUUCAGCCCCCUUCAUCCUGUGAUUCAAACCCUUGCUUAGUUGCUGGGGCCAGUGAUGCUAGCAACAGCACAGCAGUGUAAGGGAUUAAUGUAAUAAAAUGUAACACUUUUGAAGCUGUUACUAGACCAGAUACAAUCAUGUCAUUUUGCUCUUAUUAUAUUUCUUUUAAAGUAAAAAUAUACCCCUGAACAUUGUAUGUCUCUAUAAAAAUAUAUCACCCUUCAAAAGCUUUUUCAUCAAAAUAAACCUUUCCUAGAAGUGUGUGCCAUUGGAUAUUUCUAAAUAGAAAAAACUGCCAAUUUAAAUAGUUAUCUCCGCCCCCUGGCUCCGGCGACUCACUGUUUUCACUCACAAAACCAAGGGAACACAUACAAGCUAGGUUACUGAUUGGCUAGAGGACAUUCUUAUUAUAAGCCCAUUUAUUGCAUUUAAAUACCAUUUUUUUUUUCAGUUCAAGAGGACAGUGGUGGUGCAAUGUUUUCUUUUAUAAAGUACUGUCCAGCGGGGGGGGGGGAUCAAUUCUUGGGAUACAUUACACAUUUGAAAUGCAAUGUUAAAAUUCUAUAUUUCUAGGAAAGCCAGAAAAAAGAGGGACAUGUUAAGUCUGAAUGUGUUAUACCUCAGAUUAAGGAUGAUUAAAUAAAUGUAUUUUCAUAUUGAAGCAAAACGACAUAUACUAUAAUUAAUAAUUAUAUUAGAAAUUAACUCUUUCUCUUAAAUGUUAUUGAUAUAUUGGGUGAAUGUAAAGACUUUGCAUAAUAUUUACAGAGGUAAAGCUGAUGUAUUGGUUAAAUUUGCACUUACUGGACAAUCACAUCCGUGUAAAUAUCACGUUUUUAAAUUAAACAAACCACUUUCUAUUCAAAUA